AUGAGCAGCAAGAGAGAUACAUGGCUUCUUACUGGAGUUAUUGUAGCAAUUGCAUUGAUAAUGAUUAUUAUUGCAUCCAUCUUGAUUCGUAAACUUCUCAAAUCAACCCACCCUAAGAAUAAAGCAUUGGGGGAAGUUCUGUUGAAGAAAAAUGCUUGUCCAAGAGUUCCUCUCAAAGAAGUGCACUCUGCCACAAACCAUCUGAAUGAAAUGAACGUCAUUGGUGAAGGAACAUUUGGGAAGGUUUAUGGAGGCGCGAUGACAAAUAAUCAACCUGUUGCAAUAAAGCACAUCAUCAAUGAUGAUGAAAGCAUGGAGACUUUUGUCAGAGAAAUUACAAACUUAUCACACGUUAGACAUCCAAAUCUCGUCGCUUUGUUGGGUUGCUGUGUUGAGGGAGAUGAAUGUUUCCUUGUCUAUGAACUGUGCCCUAACGGGAGUCUUUCAGAGUGGCUGUUUGGCACGAACAAGGUUCUGUCUUGGAUACAGAGGCUUAAUAUUGCAAUUGAUACUGCAAAAGGCCUUUGGUUCCUUCAUACAUAUCCACAAGGCUGCAUCGUUCACCGUGAUGUCAAGCCAACAAACAUUCUCCUGGGGCCGAAGUUUGAAGCAAAGCUAUCAGAUUUUGGACUCUCUAAAGUUUUAGAGGUGGGUGAAACAUAUGUUAGCUCAGAAGUGAGAGGAACUUUUGGGUAUGUUGAUCCUGAGUACCAAAGUAACCGCCACGUAAAUUCAUCUGGCGAUGUCUACAGCUUCGGCGUGGUACUUCUGCAGAUCCUCUCUGGGAAGAAGGCUAUAAAUUUGAAACUCAAGAAACCCAUGACUCUGGAUAAAAUGGCAAAAGCUCUCACAAGGGGUGGCAGCAUGACAGAAUUUGUUGAUCCUAAACUUCAAGGAAAGUACUCAGAAGAAGCAUUUGAUUUUACCCUUCAUCUUGCUCUAUCAUGCACAGCCCUUAACCAACAACGUCCGUCCAUGGAGCAGGUUGUCACAAGAUUGGAAGAGGCCCUACUAAUUUCAAUGGAGAAAGUCUCUGCAACAGACAUUUCAGUGGACAAUCCUUCAAUUCUAUGAUGCAGUAAUU